CGACUCCUGCAGCUUCUCUUCCAGUUCAGCGGGUCAGGGCCGGUCCGGUUGGGAUCGCACUGCUGCCAGCUCAGUGCCGGGGCGCUCGGGGCGGGCCCGCCGUCCGGAGGAUGAGGCUGGAGUGGGCGGAGGCGUGAGAACCGCGUUACUUUCCUCCCGAGGUGGAGCGCGGCUGCCCCUGUAGUCCUUUGAAAGCGCUGUGAACCCGGAGACUCAAGUCGGGGCAGAGGCAGGUUGACUAGAGGGCCCGCUAGAGCCGGAGGAUUGAACUUCACCCCGAAACCAGCCUCCGCCAGUCCCACCUGGCCGCAUUUACGUAACCUCUUCCCAAAGCCGGGUAGCAGUGAAGUCCGCCGGGGUGGCCACCCGGCAGCCGUGUCCCGGUGAAGCUCCCGGGGCGGCUGGCGCGGGAUCUCAAGCAGAUGCGGGGUCCACAGGCAGCGCAGCCACCAGCCGCCGAGCUUGCUAUGCCUCUGAGCUGCAAGGAACUCAUUAUACAAUGACAAAUGGAGGCAGCAUUAACAGCUCCACACACUUGCUGGAUCUUUUGGAUGAGCCCAUCCCAGGUGUCGGUACAUACGAUGAUUUCCAUACUAUUGACUGGGUUCGAGAAAAGUGUAAGGACAGAGAAAGGCACAGACGGAUCAACAGUAAAAAAAAAGAAUCAGCAUGGGAAAUGACAAAAAGUCUAUAUGAUGCUUGGUCAGGAUGGCUUGUAGUUACACUGACAGGAUUGGCGUCAGGGGCGCUGGCUGGAUUGAUAGACAUUGCUGCUGACUGGAUGACUGACCUGAAAGAGGGCAUCUGCCUCAGUGCAUUGUGGUACAACCAUGAACAGUGUUGUUGGGGCUCUAAUGAGACGACGUUUGAAGAGAGGGAUAAAUGUCCACAGUGGAAAACAUGGGCAGAGUUAAUCAUAGGUCAAGCAGAGGGUCCUGGAUCUUAUAUCAUGAACUACAUCAUGUACAUCUUUUGGGCUUUGAGUUUUGCCUUUCUUGCAGUUUCCUUGGUGAAAGUAUUUGCUCCGUAUGCCUGUGGCUCCGGAAUUCCAGAGAUUAAAACUAUUUUGAGUGGAUUCAUCAUCAGAGGUUACUUGGGAAAGUGGACUUUAAUGAUUAAAACCAUCACAUUAGUGCUGGCUGUGGCAUCAGGUUUGAGUUUAGGAAAAGAAGGUCCCUUGGUACAUGUUGCCUGCUGCUGUGGAAAUAUCUUUUCCUACCUCUUUCCAAAGUAUAGCACAAAUGAAGCUAAAAAGAGGGAGGUGCUGUCAGCCGCCUCAGCUGCUGGUGUCUCUGUGGCUUUUGGUGCGCCAAUUGGAGGAGUGCUUUUUAGUUUGGAGGAGGUUAGCUAUUAUUUUCCUCUCAAAACUUUAUGGAGAUCGUUUUUUGCUGCUUUGGUGGCGGCCUUUGUUUUGAGAUCCAUCAAUCCAUUUGGUAACAGCCGUCUGGUCCUUUUUUAUGUGGAGUAUCAUACACCAUGGUACCUUUUUGAACUGUUUCCUUUUAUUCUCCUAGGGGUAUUUGGAGGGCUUUGGGGAGCUUUUUUUAUUAGGGCAAAUAUUGCCUGGUGUCGCCGACGCAAGUCCACCAAAUUUGGAAAGUAUCCUGUUCUUGAAGUCAUUAUUGUUGCAGCCAUUACUGCUGUGAUAGCCUUCCCCAACCCAUACACAAGGCUCAACACCAGUGAACUGAUUAAAGAGCUGUUUACAGACUGUGGCCCCUUGGAAUCCUCCUCUCUUUGUGACUACAGAAAUGACAUGAAUGCCAGUAAAAUUGUUGAUGAUAUUCCUGACCGACCAGCAGGCGUUGGAGUAUAUUCAGCUAUCUGGCAGUUGUGCCUAGCACUCAUAUUUAAAAUAAUAAUGACAGUAUUCACUUUUGGUAUCAAGGUCCCGUCGGGCCUGUUUAUCCCCAGCAUGGCGAUCGGAGCCAUUGCAGGGAGGAUUGUGGGGAUUGCUGUGGAGCAGCUCGCCUACUACCACCACGACUGGUUCAUCUUCAAGGAGUGGUGUGAGGUCGGGGCAGACUGCAUCACUCCUGGGCUGUAUGCCAUGGUUGGUGCUGCCGCAUGCUUAGGUGGUGUGACAAGAAUGACUGUCUCUCUGGUGGUUAUUGUUUUUGAACUUACUGGAGGCUUGGAAUAUAUUGUUCCUCUUAUGGCUGCAGUAAUGACCAGUAAAUGGGUUGGUGAUGCCUUUGGUAGGGAAGGUAUUUAUGAAGCACACAUCCGACUAAAUGGGUACCCUUUCUUGGAUGCAAAAGAAGAAUUCACUCAUACAACCCUGGCUGCUGAUGUCAUGAGACCUCGAAGAAAUGACCCUCCCUUAGCUGUUUUGACACAGGACAAUAUGACAGUAGAUGACAUAGAAAACAUGAUUAAUGAGACCAGCUAUAAUGGCUUUCCUGUUAUAAUGUCAAAAGAAUCUCAGAGAUUAGUGGGAUUUGCCCUCAGAAGAGACUUGACAAUUGCAAUAGAAAGUGCCAGAAAAAAACAAGAAGGUAUUGUUGGCAGUUCUCGGGUGUGCUUUGCACAGCACACUCCAUCUCUUCCAGCAGAAAGUCCUCGACCAUUAAAACUGAGAAGCAUCCUUGACAUGAGUCCUUUUACAGUGACAGACCACACCCCAAUGGAGAUUGUGGUAGACAUCUUCCGAAAGCUUGGUCUGAGGCAGUGCCUUGUAACUCACAAUGGGCGCCUCCUUGGCAUUAUAACAAAAAAAGAUAUCCUCCGUCAUAUGGCCCAGACGGCAAACCAAGACCCCGCUUCAAUAAUGUUCAACUGAGUCCUGUAGAUGAGGAGAGAGAGGAGACAGAAGAGGAAGUUCGUUUGUUGAAUAGCACAAUUCUUUAAUCUGCGGGACUCGUCCACUUUUUUCUUCUUUAAAAAAAAGGAAAGGAAAGGAAAUACAAGAUGAGCUUUUGCAACCCGGAUUGCAAAUAAUGCUGGGAGAACAGAGGGAUUGUUUGGGGAAGGAGACAGAAAAAGAGUGAGGUAUUUCCCUAACUAACGGCAACAGUAAUCCAUCUCACGUUGUUCUGCACUGUCGCAUUCACUGAGGCUAUGCAGUGAGAGUGCAGGCUUGAGCCUCCCUGGAGCCUUCAUUGGAAUCCUCGAGCAUCUGGCUGUUACGUCAGCACCACAGAGACGCAUUAUCGUCCCUAUUUCUGGAGGGAUUACUGUGAAUUGAGCCAUCUAUUAAGACUGCAAGGUCUUGCCCUUUUAUAUCAGAACUGUUGUGUUUAACUCAUGAAUUGUAUAGUUAAGCAUCACCUUUCUACAUUCCAAAAGAGCUUCUCUCCCCACCCUCCCUCUGCCCCCCCAAGCUGUAACAAAACCUCUUUGGUGUGUCGUUUUGAAGCAGUCCUUUCUCAUAUUGAGAUGUACUGUGAUUUUACUGACGUUUCAUCACAAGAAGGGAAUGUUUCUUGUGCCAUUAACCAUGUAGUCUGUCCCAUCACUAAAGGCUUGGGAAUGUGUGCACACCACUGCUGGCCAAGCAGGUACGCAUGGAGGUAUGAGCAAAGGCCCCAGCUUGUGUGCCAUGUGGUUCAGAAUCAAAGGCAAACUUGACUCUAAUCAGUUUUAUUUUUUCCUCAGACUUUAUGGAUAAUGUGACCUAAUCUUAUGCAAAUUUUCUAUUUCUGAAAUUCCUACUAUGACAUAAAAGUGCUGUUCAGCAUAAUUAAACCAAAUGCUGCUGUGUGACAUGAAGAGAAGGAAGGAUUCUGUUUAGCUGUACCUGGUAUUAAUUGCAUGUUAAACACUGGAACUUUUUUCAAAUUAGAUCAUUCUUUUAUUUCAGGAUGUUUCACUGCUGACACUGGAGAUGAACUGUAAUUCAUAACUUGCACUAAAUGUAUAUUUCCUUUCUUAAAAAUUUACCAUUUUUAUUUAUAUUUUUAUGGAUUAAAAUUUAUAAAAUGCAGAUCAGUUAAUAUUGCACUUAAAUAAUUUUACCUUUUUAAUGUGACUUUUUUUUAUAGACUAAUUUUGACUUACAAAUAAGGAGGUACGAGCAAAGAUUGCAAUGGGCACAGAGGUUUAAGAAGAGGUGGUCACUUCUGUGAUCCAGAGUACACAUGAUACCUUCUGAUUUCUCACUGCCAUCUCUUGGGUCAUGCCCUCCGACCUGUCCAUUCCCACCACAACUAGAAAGUUGAAAAUACCAUAAAUUACCACUAGUAGAUUAAAGCCAAACCUUUUGUUUUGUUUUGUUUUUAGGAAAGAAAAACCAAUCAAAAAUGAGUCACUCGGUAGGUCACAGCGGUCCCUGAAGUGUUCCCUGAUGAUUUGAAUAGAUGUGGUGCACAUUCUUGCAGAUUAGUUACAAUGUACUUCCCAGUACUUAGAGUUGUUACUGGCAGUGUCUGUGUUAAUCAUGGUCUGAAUUCACAGCUGGCGAAGGAUGCUUGCUCACCAGACUGACCCAGGCAGUCUUCGAGUAUGAAUUUUUUAAAGGCAAAUGCAUUUGUGCAGACAGAUAUUUUCUGAAACAACUGGCAAUGAGCCAUUUUUAAUAAAUUUCAGUUCACAUUAGAUCUGUAUGAUCUUGAAGACUUAGAAGAUCAGGAAGCCAUAUUAGAGGGAGCCAAAGUUCACCAAAAUUGGAGGAUUUCUCAGCUGUGCUAUAUGCCAACAAUAUUUUGUGUUUUUACUCUGGUUGGCAGGUUUCAAUAUUCUUGUUGUUCUUUGGCUCAGUAGAGUGAGCUCAUUUUUAAUGAUAGUUCUUAGCUCUUAAACUUUCAGUAUGGAAGACACUGCUGGGGUACAAAGUCUCCAGCAUGGCUGAUUGGUGGCUCAGUCCCUUCUGGGUUCUAAGUCUUCAAAGGAGAAGCCAGUUUCUUUGUAGCUUCACACGAUGAAAAUGAACAUGAUUAAGUUUCCACAUUUCCUUUUAUUUUACAUUCUGCUUUCAUGACCCAUCUUCAGAGACUGACAUUUCUUUGUUACAUUUCUCCUGAUUGUCUUACUGCUGAAAUACAUGAAAAGUGCCGUGUUUUUAAUGCGUUCAGAGGUUUGGAUUUUUUUUGGGGUGGGGGGGCGUAUUACUAUCUAUUGGUUCUUUUUGUUUGUUUUGUUUUGUUUUUUUUCCCAUAAAGAUUUGGUUGAUUUUCAACCAAAUAAGAUAGUGGAUACCAUGAACUACAUGUGCCUAGCUAAUUGGCAAACUUAAUGACCAAUAUACUAAGUGCAGCGCCUUAUUUGAGUACCCUUUUUGAGAAGGUAUGAUGAAAAUGGGCGAGCGUGUCAGCAUCUAAUAAUAAUCGUUUUUGGUUUUGGUUCAUGAAGAAUGCUUAGUUUGUUAACCUGUGAUGUUGCCUAGAGCUGUAUUUAUCUGUUUUUAUUUAUACUAGUGUAGUAAAAGCUGCAUAUCAUUACAGUAAAAAACGAUUACUGUGAUGAGUUAAGAUCUAUUAAAAUCUCUACUUAAA